AUGAGUUCCUCUCAAUACCUACUGCUACUUUUCACCGGAAUCUUCAGCAUCUACGGUCUAUGGCGAACCAGCUCGCUCUCCUGGCAGUCCACAGUGCACGCUAAAGCAUCGAUACAAUUCGACUUAUCAAUCCCAGCGUCCUCUCCCUCAGCACUGCAUCGCUUCUACAACAAAACUAAUAAGAAACUCAGCGACAGGAUAAACAAGAGGUAUCGGGGCACAGUGUCCAAGUACAUGCUGGAACUAUACCAUCGUAGAUCCGACGUGGACAUAGUCAGAGCAUUGCAACCUGUCCACGUGACAGGACCAACUCGUGAUGGAGCUAGGAUUCUAAUGUUCUCAGUACCGCCAGUUGACGCUGAAGAGACUCUACAGGUAGCUGAAUUGCUCGGCGUAGCUGGGACUAUUCUCAGAGUACGUCUGGAUCAUGUGAACACACUAGAAAGUUGCAAAUCGAGGCGAGAGGAUAGUUGGAGAGCGUUUAACGUCACUUCUGGCGUGAACACUAGGGAUGGCAGCAUGGUUAGACUCCGCGUCUAUGGUAGAGUUAGCUACCAGCCUUAUGGGGAUGGGCCGAUUUUGCUACUGAGCUACAGCAAAAUGAAGAAAAAGAGGCCACGCAGAUCCGUUCAAGAAGAGGAACAGGGAGACGAUGAUAGUCCUCGUAGAAGACGCAAGAAUUCUUGCAGAAGACGACCUUUGUAUGUUGAUUUCGCGUUAAUUGCUUACGACGAGUGGGUCGUCGCUCCACCUGGAUAUGAAGCGUAUCAGUGUGCUGGCAAAUGUUUUUACCCUUUUGGGGACCAUUUGAGCCCCACGAAACAUGCUAUUGUGCAGACUUUGGUGCAUGGGGCUCUUCAAGGUGCCGAGGGUGUUAAUAAACCUGUAGGAAGAGCUUGCUGCGUGCCGACUAGGCUAGCGCCGACCAGUUUGUUGUAUCUUGAUGCUAGUGGGACGUUGACUUAUCAGUAUGGUUAUGAGGACAUGGUUGUUGCUGAAUGUGGUUGUCGGUAA